GGCCUAUGGACUCUUAUCUCUUUAAAUUACGUUUUAUGUUAAAAGCCAUUGUAGAUAGAGAGAGUCCAGAGUAGCGUCUAUAAUCUGCUUAAUCAUCCUCCUCUUUCUUCAUCUUCUUCAUCUAUUUCUCUCUAUCUCGUUAUCUCAUUUCUCUUCUUAUCAGAAUCUUGCUCCGAUCGUUGCACUAUCGCAAUCCCAGACGAUUGAUCACUCAUUUGACUUUCCUCUUUGGAUACAUCCCCAAGGGCGUUAAUGAGUUGGUAGAAGCUUCAGGAAAUGGCGUCCACGAGCUCGGGUGAUGAAAGCCUUCGGCUUUGCAUGUUUGAUUUGAGGAGAGGCCAAACCGAAGGACAAGAGCUAGACAAGAUUUUGUUCUUUCAUCCUGCUGACUUAGACUUCUCGACGCAGUUAUCAGUUAUCGGCCUCAGUGAAGGUCUUAUUACUUUUACUAGACUUUUCUCUCCGGAAGCAGCUUGUGAGGUAAUAGAAGCAGAAAGACAUUCCCAUGUUUUCUACGAGGCGGAACCUGAUAUCUGGAUGGUUAUGGUUGUGGAGAAAAAUAAGGAGACAGGAGCAAUAUGGAGGAUUGAUGCAUUGAGGAGGGUGCUUAAGGAAGUGCACUCGCUCUUUGUGAUGUUUCAUGGUUCAAUUAGAGCAUUAAUCGAAAUAGAACCAACAGGAGGGCUUACACGAUCACAGCUGUAUCCUUUCAUCACGGAUUAUUUAAGCAGUAAGCCAUUCUCACCGAAUCUAGCACAUGGAAUUUUUAUAUUGUUUCCCAGCUUCAAUACAUUUAAUAUCACUAAUUGCCAGCAUUUCAAAAGCGGUCUCGCUCUGAAGACUGCUGCUGUGGUAAAUUGCUCAAAUCUUUUUGUUGGGAAGAAGCUUCAGCUACCAAAUUUCCGUGAAACUUUGAGAGAGCGUGGAACUGUUAAAAUGCUUACUUUAGCAAGAGACACAGCACUUGAAGUUCAGUCUCUUGUUCAAGUACUAGAUUCAUGUGCUGGGAACUUACGAUGCCACUCUAUGGUCUUAUUUCAAGAUCUGUUGGUUUCAACAACUCUCUCAGCUGAUGAUACCGUCAACUUAUUUACAUUUGCUGUAAUGAGGUUGACCUCACAAGCUUUAUCCUCUGGCGCGAGUUCCUGGUCAUAUCUACGUAAGGGGACUGGUUCAUCUGAAGUCUCUUCUAGAUCUACUUCGGCUCCCCUUGAUUCCCUACAUUCAGGAAGUGGUGGUAAUCACAUGCAUAAUGUUAUUCGGCCACUACAAAAUGAUAAGUGGACAAAAGGGAAAGAUGGUUUUCUUAUGACCGAUAUUUGGGGCCUAGAGACUGGCGGUUCACCUGAUUCUGCCAUCCCUACAGUAUGGCUUCAGCAGACACAAGAGAGAGUGUAUCUCCUUGCUUAUCAGUAUAAACGUCUCACCUUACUUCUUCUCAUGCCUACAACUUCCAUCGUCAAUGGAGAUUUAAGCGUCUCAGCCGUGAAACAGCAAUUUAUUGAAGAUGCAUCACUGAGAGUUUUGAAAAUUGAAGAGAAGAUCUCAAGAGGGUGGGGUGGUGAGAAUGCAUACCAUGUUAAGGGUUACCGUUACUUGGUAGUUGACAACGAUAUGGAAGUUUCCAGAGCUUCUCCUUCAGGAAAAGUAACAACACUUGCGAAGGAGACUCUACUUGCACUAAACAAGCUCAGAGAAGAAGUGGAUGUAGAAAAAAGCCGUGCGAAAAGGCAGGAGAAAGACUUGGAAAUAUGCAUCAGAGCUAAGAACAACGCGUGGGUGAUCGCUCGUGUGACCAGAGGUAAAGAGCUUUACAUGGCUUUGGAGAAAGCCAGCGACACACUUCUUGAUGCCGCGGAUGCUGUUGGGACAUUCAGCAAUAGGUAUUGCAGCGGAGCGUUUUUGAUGGGCUAAGAUUUGUCUGGUUUUGGGAAGAGGUUUCUUCUAGUUUCAAGUGCGAAGUAGAACGCUCAGAAGAAGUAAUGUUCUCUUCUCUCUCAGCCAUUAUUUUUUGUUGUGGGGAAAUUGCAGAAGGGAAAACAAUUGUUCUUGGUUGGCCUGUAGAUUUGUAACAAUGAUUCCAAGCUCGAUCGGUGCAAAAUAAAUCGUUUUUUUUUUGUGCGAGGAGGAAAGCAUAUUUAUCGUGCGGAGAUAGUAGCCUGAGUUUAUAGUUGAAAGUCAGCUCGAGGACAAUUAGGCACUGUUCAUAAUCCAUGUUCAUAUUCCAUAUAAGAUUUAAUUGAAUUCAAAGUUUACUUAACCCAUUAACAUUUGGUACACACUCAAGUUAAUCUUAUCGACAUGUGGAAAGAAGUUAAUGAAAACAUCAUAAAGCCGGUAAAGAGAACAGAGGCGGCGGAGAAGAAUAACUGUGGCCGGUGAUCCGUGGUGGCGUUGCGUUUUGGAGAUGCUUUCCGGCCUCCUCCGCCUCUUCCGCCUGCUACUCCAUGAACUCCUUUCCCUGACCGGAAAAUGUCGAUGCUUUUAUCUUCAUCUUCUCCUUUUAUGUUUUUGCUUAGCACCGUGGACUUGUUCUUGGCCGAGUAAGCUUGUUGAUGGAUUGAGCUUCUGGGAAUCUGAUGAGAAGGGGAAGCAGAGGAAGAAGAGGAGAAUGAUGAACAAUGCAAGAGAUAUACUCUCCAUUGUUAAUCUGAGCUUUUGGUGGAUUUGAGGUGACUGUUCCCAAGCUAAACAUCAUUAUAUAUGUAUAUGGGUGGGUCCAAGACGGAACAUAUAUUCUGAAAUGACUAGUGAAGGAUUGUAGAUACUUUUCUUUAUGACACUUCAAAGAUCAAAAUUCUCUGUCAUUGCUUUUUCAGGACAGAACAAAUCCAACAAGCGAAGAAGAUUCAUCGAUAUUAGGCAUACAAGUGUAUGUGGAUAUUGAUAAACAUGUUCUAAGAAAGUUGUGUCUAUGCAACAAAGACUCAAGACAAACUUUAUGGAGAUCUGUCAGUGUAACUUAAGAACUCUUGGAGAAAAAGCAGAUAACUCACUUUAUUACUUGAAACAACUGAAAUGAGUAAAACAUACAAACUAAAACACUCCCAUUGGUUUAACUAGCAAGACAACUAUCGACACUCUUUAAGAGAAAACGAAGAAAGACUUAUCGAUGGCGCAUAUCCACUCUUGGUCUUUGCAAUACAUACACGCUUUAAUCGACCUCUUCUAUCUUUGGACCUCCAGAACCACCGGAGCCACUGUCUGUUGGCAUACCUCCAUUGGGAGCUCCGGCACCAGCACCACUCUGAUACAUCUUCGAGAUGAUUGGGUUGCAAAUACCCUCCAACUCUUUCAACUUGUACUCAAACUCAUCAACUUCCGCCAGCUGGUUUCCUUCAAUCCAUUCGAUUGUCUCGUCAAUUGCCUUCUCAAUCUUCUGCUUAUCCUCUUGAUCCAGCUUCUGCGCCAGUUUCUCAUCCUUUACAGUGUUUCUCAUGUUGUAAGCAUAGUUCUCUAGAGAGUUCUUGGCCUCCACUUUCUUCUUCACUUGCUCAUCCUCAGCCUUAUACUUCUCCGCGUCUUGCACCAUCUUCUCUAUCUCCUCUUUACUCAACCUUCCUUUGUCGUUCGUGAUCGUGAUCUGGUUCUUCACACCAGCGGUUUUAUCCUCCGCCGACACAUUUAAGAUCCCAUUCGCAUCAAUGUCAAAGCAAACAUUAACCUGAGGAACUCCACGUGGCGCCGGAGGAAUGCCCUUGAGCUCAAAUGUACCAAGAAGGUUGUUGUCUUUGGUCCUUGCACGUUCUCCUUCAUAGACUUGGAUCAGAACGCCUGGCUGGUUGUCCGCGUACGUGGAGAACACUUGCUCCUUCUUACAAGGCACCGUCGUGUUCCUCGGUAUUAACACAGUCAUCACCCCACCGGCUGUUUCAAUUCCAAGGCUUAGCGGCGCCACGUCAAGAAGCAGAAGAUCCUGGACCUUAUCGCUUCCUUCACCAGUCAGAAUCGCGGCCUGAACCGCAGCUCCAUAGGCAACAGCUUCGUCAGGGUUUAUGCUUUUGCAUAACUCCUUCCCGUUGAAGAAAUCUUGCAAGAGCUGCUGAAUUUUCGGAAUCCUCGUCGACCCCCCAACAAGAACCACCUCGUGCACGCUGCUUUUGUCAAUCUUGGCGUCUCUAAGGACUUUCUCCACAGGAUCCAUACAUUUCCUGAACAGAUCCAUAUUCAUCUCUUCAAACCUCGCACGCGAGAUGGUCGCGUAGAAAUCGACACCCUCGUGCAAAGAAUCGAUCUCGAUAGUCGUCUGAGCGGUGGAAGAAAGCGUUCUCUUUGCUCUCUCACAAGCUGUUCUCAGCCUCCUAAGCGCCCUCGCAUUCCCACUGAUAUCCUUCUUAUGCUUCCUCUUGAACUCCGCAACGAAAUGGUUCACAAGUCUGUUGUCAAAGUCUUCACCACCGAGGUGAGUAUCUCCGGCUGUAGCUUUCACUUCAAAGACGCCUUCUUCAAUCGUCAGCAGCGAAACAUCAAAUGUUCCACCGCCGAGAUCGAAAAUCAGAACGUUCCUCUCACCGGCCUUCGUUCCCUUUUUGUCUAGACCGUAGGCGAUAGCUGCAGCAGUCGGCUCGUUGAUUAUCCGCAAAACGUUGAGCCCGGAAAUCGAUCCGGCGUCCUUCGUCGCCUGUCUCUGAGAGUCGUUGAAGUAUGCCGGGACCGUAACGACGGCGUUUUUGACGGUGUGGCCUAGGAAGGACUCGGCGACUUCCUUCAUCUUGAUUAGCACCAUGGAAGAUAUCUCCUCGGGAGAAAACUUCUUAUCUUCGUUCUUGUACGAGACGACUAUCAUCGGCUUGUCUCCGGGACCGGAAACAACUUUGAACGGCCAGUGCCGCAUAUCGCUCUGGACAGAAGGAUCCGAGAAUCUCCGACCGAUGAGACGUUUCGCAUCGAAUACAGUGUUCUGAGGAUUCAACGCCACCUGGUUCUUCGCUGCGUCGCCGAUUAACCGUUCAGUGUCGGUGAAGGCGACGUACGACGGCGUCGUACGGUUUCCUUGGUCGUUAGGGAUGAUCUCCACACGGUCGUUCAUCCACACUCCGACACAACUGUAUGUAGUACCGAGGUCGAUACCAAUAGCCUUUUCUGAUCGCGUCGCCAUUGUUUCUGGAAAAAAAGCUUCAGUGACUGAAAUUCGACUGUAGAUUUCGCUGAUUGCAAAGGUAGAUUUUUUCGAUUUCUUUGGUUUGUUGUUUGUUUAUCUGCUUGAUGAACAAUCUGAAACGAUGGAAGCAGCUAUAUAUACGAAUUCGGUGAGAGAAAGAAGACAUUUCGAGAGAAAACUCGUGGAAGAACAACCCACGGAGAUGUGGAAAGAUGGAGA